AUGGAAAGAUCUGAGAAAGCUGAUUCUGCAGAUGGCAAAGUGUUUCCAAAGAUGGUUGUGGGUCUUGCAACUGGUCAAGUUGGUCCAAGCCUUCGAUCAAGGUCCAAUGAAUCCACUCAGGCUGAGACUCAAGGGUCAGAGAAAGUCACUCCGAUUACUGAAAGAGGUUGUGCAGUCACUUCCAAUUUUUCUCCCAAAGAUCUUCAAGUUCUUUGCGAAUUGCGAGUUGAUUUCAAGAAUUUAGCAGAAAAUGGGUUGGAUCUUCUUCCUGCAGUCAAGUUUCAAGGUUGGGAAGGAUACUUCAACAGGCUCACAAGACCCAUCUACUACAAGUUGGUAAAAGAAUUCUGGAAACAUGCUGAGUGUGACGAUCUUCAAGUUGUUUCCUAUGUGCUGGGCAAGAAGAUCAUCAUUACUGAAAGAUCAAUUGCUCUGCUUCUGGGUCUAGACACUAUCAGGGGUUACAGAUUUUGGGCCAAUGAUUCCAAGUUGAAUAAAGUGAAAGACACAAUCAAUUCGGAGCUGUAUGCAAAUUGGAAAUCUGGGAAAUCCGACUACAAGACCAGAGAGCUUCAUCUUGAUUUAAGGAUCUGGCACAAGAUCAUUCUGAAUUGCUUCAAUCCCAGACCCACUGGAAGCUCUCCUGACUACAUCAACUUCAAUCAGAAGGUGAUGCUUUACUUCAUCAAGACCGGGCAGAAGAUAUGUCUUCCGUACUUCUUAUUCACUUAUCUAAAAGAUUGCAUAAGGAGAUCAAGAACAACUGCUGCUGCGACCAAGAACACAAUCAGGUACAUUCCUUUUGGAAGAGUGUUAUCUGACAUCUUUGUUGAGAGCAAAUUGGUCAAAGAUUUGAUCAAUGCUGGAUGCACUGAAGACCUUUCCAUUCUGGCUGGAGAAGCCUUCACCUCUACAUCUCUGAAGAGGAUGUGCCUAAUUGAAAAGAAAAUUGAGGCUGAAUCUGUCAUCACACCAGAAGAGGUUAAGGGAAGAAGAAUUCCUCUCAAUGAUUAUCCCCUCUGGUCUAAGGUUGAUGAUCCAGAGGCCAUCCUAUACUACAUUGAGGAUCUGAGGAGUCUUGGAUUUGAGAUUGAUGUCGAUGAGUUCUUCAGAGCUCUUCCAGAAGCUCCUGAUUAUGAAUCUCCUAAGAAGAAGAAGACAAACAGGAAGAAAGAGGAUACUACUACGGCUGCAAAUGAUGACUUUGAGGAUGGCGAUGAUGAUGAGCAACCACCUCAGAAGAAGAAGAAGAAGGUCAGAAUUGCUACAAGGGUUAUCCAGCAGGAAACUACUCAAGCACCAAGAACUACCAGAGUCACAAGAUCUUUUGUUAGGAACUCAAGUAAGUUCAUAAUUCUUACGGGCGAUGAUGAAUCUGAUGCAUGUUUAGCUUAG